AUGUUAUUUGAUGAUUAUGGAAAUCUAAAUAAUUGGUGGCAACAAGGAACAGCUCGAAGUUUUGAUGAACGUGCUCAAUGUUUUAUUGAUCAAUAUACUCAAUAUCGUAUUGGUAAUAAACAUAUCAAUGGAUUAUUAACACUCGAUGAAAAUAUUGCUUAUAAUGGCGAUCUACGGAUUGCAUAUGCAGCUUAUAAACGUUAUUUAAACCGUCAUCAUUUACUAUCGAAUACAUCUUUAAAAAAAUCGCCAACAGCAAAUUUUACUUGGUCUUAA